AUUUUCCUGCUCUGCAUGGUCGGGAACGUCCUGGUGUGCUUGAUUGUUAUGAAGAACAAGCGCAUGCGCACGGUGACUAACCUCUUCAUCUUCAACCUGGCGAUCAGCGACCUCCUCGUCGGGAUAUUCUGCAUUCCAACUACCCUGGUGGACAAUUUAAUUACAGGCUGGCCUUACAGCAAUGUGGUGUGUAAGCUGAGCGGGCUGGUGCAAGGAACCUCCGUCUCUGCCUCUGUCUUCACCCUGGUGGCCAUCGCUGUGGACAGGUUUCGUUGCAUUGUGCACCCGUUCAAGCCCAAGCUCACCCUGCUGGAGGCUGGCAUCGCCGUGGUGAUCAUCUGGGUGCUGGCUGUGGCGAUCAUGUGCCCUUCGGCAGUCAUGCUGACUGUGAGUCAGGUGCAAGACCACUACAUGGUCCACAACCACGACUACAACCACACCUACCCCCUGUUCUCCUGCUUCGAGGACUGGCCAGACAAGCAGAUGCGCAGGAUCUACACCACCGUUCUGUUCGGCCACAUCUACCUGGCACCGCUGACCCUCAUCGUGGUGAUGUACAGCCGCAUCGUGGUCAAGCUCUACAAGUCCUCAGUGCCCGUGAGCAACAGCGUGGCGCGGGGGCCCCACCAGCCCCACCCCGAGAGCAGGAACGUGGUCCCCAGGAAGAAAAAUAAAGUCAUCAAGAUGCUGAUCACGGUGGCUCUGCUCUUCAUGCUCUCCUGGCUGCCUCUCUGGACCCUGAUGCUGCUGACCGACUACGUCAGCCAGACGGACGAGCAGCUCAGCCUCCUCACGGGCUACAUCUUUCCCUUCGCACACUGGCUGGCCUUCUCCAACAGCAGCGUCAACCCCAUCAUCUAUGGCUACUUCAACGAGAACUUCAAGAGGGGCUUCCAGAAUGCUUUCCACUUCCAGUGGUGCUCCGAGAGGGCGGAGCCCCGGGAGGCUUAUUGCCACAGGGUCACCGCCGGGAAUGUGGGGAACUUUGGAGCGCGAAACAAGGUCUACACCGAUAGGGAUUGCAGUGAUUCCGACUGCCUGACGAAGGAGAGUAGGAUGGUGGCUGGUGGAGGAGGAGAAGGAGGAGGAGGAGGAGGAGGAGGAGGAUGGGGAGGAGAGGGGGCGGCUGUGGCGUGUUCUGCACAGGUUCAUGGAGGAGCGUCCAGGGCACUGCAGCCGAUCUUAAAGCAGGGGCUGAACAUCAAGGAUAUUGAUAAAAUCCCACCGCUGAGUAGCGGCGUCUGUCAGGCGUGGGAAGGGUAA